CAUCGCCUUUCAACACAGACAAAACACAACGUCGUUUUCGUUCCCUCACCAGAACCAUCUACCCCCCCCGAUUUUUCUACACAUACAAUGCCUUCUCCUUAGACAACCACAGUAAUCCUUGACUAACCUAUUAUAUUAAACAAGAUGUUAUCCCUCCGCGUUCCUCCCACAUCCUUUAACUUCCGGCGAUUUCACGCCGGAGCUCUAGAGCGGAGAUGGAGGCUAGGUAGAGACAGCUUGCUCUAUUUCUCGCAUCGUAGAGGAACAGGACUCCUAGGAGUCAGAUCUGCCAAAUCGGAGAUGGCGCCGUUUACAGCUGCCGAGGAAGAAACUCUGCCGGAGGGACUCCAGCGGGAGCUGAUGCCGAAGCACGUGGCGGUUAUAAUGGACGGGAACGGGAGAUGGGCGAAGAACAAAGGUCUCCAACCUUGGGACGGUCACAGAGCAGGCGUUGAAGCUUUGAGAGAGAUCGUUGAGCUUUGCGGCAAAUGGGGUAUUCAAGUCCUCACUGUUUUCGCCUUCUCUACCGAUAACUGGAUUAGACCAAAGAUCGAGAUUGAUUUCUUGUUGAGUUUGUUCGAGAGAACGCUCAAAUCAGAGCUUGAGACCUUAGCCAAGAACAAUGUUCGGAUAUCAAUCAUUGGAGAUUCAUCGAAGCUUCCGAAGUCUCUUCUAAAAGUGAUUAACGAAGUGGAAGAAGUUACAAAGAACAACACGAGGCUCCAGCUAAUCGUAGCCGUUGGUUACAGCGGGAAAUACGAUGUUCUACAAGCGUGUAGAGGCAUUGCGCAGAGGGUGAAAGAUGGCGAGAUCAAAGUUGAGGAGAUAGACGAGAGACUCAUCGAGCAAGAGCUGGAGACUAACUGUACUGAGUUUCCUUACCCGGAUUUACUGAUAAGAACGAGUGGUGAGCUGAGAGUGAGUAACUUCUUGUUGUGGCAAUUGGCUUAUACUGAGCUCUUCUUUGCUCAAGAACUCUGGCCUGAUUUUGGGAGGAGCGGUUUUAUCGAAGCCUUGAUGUCGUUUCAGCAGAGGCAACGACGCUUUGGUGGUCGGAAAUCUUGAGUUUAUUUUUGAAAUGAACAACUUGGUGUAAUAAAAAACUGUAUAUGAUGUAUAAUAUAAAUGGACAUCUUAUAUACCUCAAGAACUAGGCUUUUUUGAGA